CAGCACCUGAGGAGCCCUCCUAUUUCACCUGCCAGCAGUGUGAAGGCGUGUUUCCAUCUGCAUGGGCGCUCUUGCAGCAUGCUCAGCACACACACUCCUUCAGCAUCUAUCAAGAGGACGAGGAGGAUGACAUUAGGGGAGGAGGAGAAGGAGGAAGAGGAGGACUUAAAGAGCACAAGCCUGCUGCAGCCACUCUGGACCCUCGCCACCUGAGCCAAGCUCUCGCCUCUGCCUUUCAGCCCUCCGCCCUGCGCCCCACUCGCUCCCGUCAGACACACACCACCUCUUCUUCCAGUAACCUGCAGGCUCUGAACUUCUCAGUGCGGCUCAGGGAGCUCGCCGAGGGGAAUAACGGUGCCACCGGCAGCUCACCUGGAGGCCUGGUGCUGUCUCCAUCCUCUUCUCCACCGGCAGCUUCUCCCUUUCCUCAGACAAGCGCCCUCCAGACUGACUUCCACUGCGAGCCGUGUGACCAGAGCUUCCAGUCCCUGCGUGCCCUGUCCGCCCACCGCCGGACUCACGCCUGCGAGAGGCCCUAUCACUGUGGAGUGUGUGGGCUGGCCUUCGCCCAGAGCGGCCAGCUGGCCCGUCACAUAAGGAGCCAUCACAGAGUGGCUGGAGGUGGAGGAAGUGGAUAUGAGUCGGUGGAGAUGGUCGUGAUGGAGGAGGAUGUGGGGAGGCAGGGGAUGAGAGGGAGGUUUCAAAUGCAGUCAGCUGGAAUAAUGGGAAAGGGAACGGUGGGUGCAGAUGUGAGAGCCCAGGGCCCCUCCGAGCUAGACCUAACCCUGCCCAAACACCCCAUGGGCCUGAUGCUGCUGACCUCGCAGGUUAGACAGUCAGACAGGGAGCUGCUGAGGCUGUACCAACGCCAGAGGGAGGGAGGAGAAGGAGGGGAGGAGGAGGUGGAGGGGCAGGGGGAGCCUCAGCACACCUCACCCUGCGCCAGCCCCUCUGAAGGCUCACUGGAGAGUGGUGAGACAGGGGGCAGCGGUGAAAGCGGCAUCGCCAGUGGCAACUGCACGCCCAAACGGCCAGAGCUGGGGGACAGAGUGCGAGGCGUCGGAGAGUGGGAGAAUGAAAGAGGGGAGAUCAUAGAGAGUGAGAAAGAGUGGAGCUCGGCCAAAGUCAGCGAGGUUGUGCAGGAGUGGCAGAGAGAGAACGAGCGGAGGGGUGUAGGAGGAGGUGUCAGCAGCGGAGGAAGCAACAACAGCAGUACUACAACUGGUUCAGCUGGCAAGAAGAAGAAAGACGAAGCCUGUGAGUUCUGUGGUAAACAGUUCAGAAACAGCAGCAACCUGACUGUGCACCGCCGCAGCCACACAGGUGAACGACCCUACCGUUGUGGCCUCUGCAACUAUGCCUGCGCUCAGAGUUCAAAGUUAACACGUCACAUGAAGACCCACGGUGCCCAGGGAGCAAAGGCUUCCUUUCUGUGCCAGCUGUGCGCGGUGCCCUUCACCGUCUACGCCACUCUGGAGAAACACCUAAAGAAAGUUCACGGCCUGAGCCACGCCAGCGUAGGAGCCUACGCACAGGCCAGCGCUGCAGACACUUUGGCUGCUAUAAAAGCUGAAGAAGAAGCAGUGGUGGUGAAAAUGGAGGAGGACGAAGCCAGUUUGGAUCAGAUAGAAAUGGAGAGCAGAAUUCAGAGCGAUGUGGUGAAAAGCAUGGAGGUGGAGGAGGGGCAAAGCCAAGUGGAGUAUGUGGAGAACAUCCGGAGUCCAGCCAUAGUGGGUGAUCGCCCACCUGAGAGCAACGCAGAAGUGAGCUUAGCUUUGACUUCUGCGCCAUGAGAGCUGUUCUCAUUCACUAAUUGACAUUAAAAUAGCACUGUAUAGGAUUUAACCCCCUCAUUCAAAUUAAAAGAAACCCAUCAUUGAACUGACAGUCAAGUAAAAACUGGAAUCUAGUUUAAAGAAGACUCUAGAAAUCAGCAGGCAGUCCUCAUCCUCUCUGCCAGCACGAAGGCACCCAGCAGCCAUCAGCCACGUUGUUCAUGAUUGUAUGCAAAGCUGCUGGUUGAAACUAAGUGCCUACAGUUCUUUAGACCACAGAGCAAAAACAAGGCCAUGACAUUCAACAGGGAGAUUACCAGAGCUCUUGAACAGGAAGUGAACCCGCCACAGUCCACACCGACACAGGAAACUGUUCACCAUGUUGCAGUGCAGGAUGCAAAAGACGAGUGAUUUAUCUCUCUGGUGACCCACUGGACCGGUAGAGACAGAUAUUAACUGUCAGAUAAUAUAGAGAAGGGAUUAUAUUGAUUUUUUUUUUUUUUUUUUAAAGUAUAGCAAUAGAAUGAUGUUAAUAUAUUUUCAGCAUCAGCAGAUGGAGAGAGGUCAUAUUGUGCUACUUAGCUGUUGCUGGUUUUGAGAAGACCUUUUAAAGACUAAAGAUGUUUGAACAGACACAGGGGUGAAAUAAAUCCAAACACUGGUCUGCCUGCAGUUUCUCAGACUCCUCUUUUUAAAGGCGCUUGGUUGUCACAACAGUUGUCACUUAACAUAAUGUUUACAGGACUCACAGGGCCUGGCAAGGUUGUGCUCUUGACUUUGUGACCAUAUGUAUGGAUGUUUUUUUUUUUUGUUGUUCUAAUUUUAUAAAUGUGAAUAAGGAGACUUUAAAGUUUCUUCUACUGAUGUUUUUUUUUUUUCAUGAUUAGUUUCUAUGCAUAAAAAAAAUGCAAUUUUACCUACAUGUGAAACGGGUGUGUAUUAUUUUUCUCUAUUUGUACUUAUUGUGAUGGUAAAUUCUCUCUUUCACUGUUUACAUUUGUAAAGUGCCGGACUGCUUAAAGCUUGUGCAUGUUCUCCAGCCAUCUGAAACUGUUUUUUUUUUGUUUUUUUUUACUUUGUUGCUUGUGUUUGAAUUAUUCCUAAUUUAUGAAUGCUGCAUGUUGGUGGUUGUAAAAAAGUCUGUUCCACUGCUGAACUACGAGGUUGAGAGGGUGCAGGAGUAGCUAGUUGAUUGGUGGAGUUUUGUGGGGAGCAAGCACUUGGAUGAGUGUGUGUGAAUGUUUUUGUCUGUAAAUAUAUUGGUAAAAACAUCCUCAGGUGACGCUUCUACUUGACCUCUGUCCUGUGAUCUUGUGUCCACAGCAUGACUCAGCUGGUCAUAAUUGCCGUGUCGUGCUUCUGAAGGGUCGUCAUGUGUCAACAAUGAGGAUUUAAGUUCAGAAACACAACUCGAGCAUGAGAAAAUCUGUUCAUUUAAGAAAUAUAACAGGACAAAGUUGUCAAGUAGAGUGCUGCCAUCUCUGUCGUGACUACUGUGUUACCAUAUCUGACUUCUACUUGCAUUCAUGUCAGGGAAAAGAAAUGUGUGUUGUGUAAUAAAUGAUCAUGAAUGAGUGCAGUGUAACUGUUCAGGGAUAAUAUUUUGUACAUAGAUUGACAUUCUUGCUGUUGCUCUACUUAUUAUUGUUAUUAUUAUUAAUAUUAACUGCCUCCACUUUUCCUAGCAUCGUCUCCUUUACGCUGAACACUGGCUAUUGUGAAGCUAUACCGAUCUGCUGUCUUUGUAAACUCGACACCAUUUUGUAAUUGAGGAGCCUCAAUAAAGA